GGUAGUUACUAACUAAAAUAUGCUGCUAUUGUAACAUAUUAGAGCGUGAAGAAGACAGAAGGUGGUCAUUAUCACUCCUACACGCGUCUCUUUUCUGUCGCACCGUCCAUGGUCGCGCUCUGAGCGGUAAAAAGCGGGAGCAGGUUUCGGGACAACUUUUUCGAGGAAUUUGACUUUUUUUGCGUAUCCCUCCGACUCCACUCGGGCUGGAUAUGUCUCCUUCACGGUCCAUAUUGCUGGUGGGAGAAGGGAACUUCUCCUUUUCUGCCUCUGCCAGUCAGCUGUACUCGGAAUCAGAGACCAGCGUAACGGCCACUUGUCUGCAGCAUCAGGAGGAGGCACUGCGGCACGAAGGUGCAGCCAGCAACAUUCAGACCAUCAAGGACUCAGGUGGAACGGUGCUUUUUGAGGUGGACUGCACAAAGCUGGAGCAGUGUGCCUCUCUGCAGGGCCGUGUGUUUGACCGGGUGGUCUUUAACUUUCCUCACUGUGGGAGAAAGAGUGGGGUUAAAAAGAACAGAGAACUUCUCAAAAACUUCUUCCUCAGUUGCGUCCAGGUGUUGGCUGAAGACGGAGAAGUUCAUGUUUCCUUGUGCAAUGGGCAGGGCGGGACGCCAGCGGACCAGCCGAAGCGAGAGUGGCACAACAGCUGGCAGGUGGCUGCCAUGGCAGCAGAAGCACAUCUAAUCCUUAGUGCUGUCCACCCUUUUGAAAGUGAGAGAUACCAGAACUACAAGUGCACUGGAUACAGGAGCCAGGACAAGGGCUUUCAUGUGGAGAAAGGUUUGCUCCAUGUGUUCACUCGUAGCCUCCCCUACACCUCUGGCCAGACACUUAAGGUGGAGGAGGCUGUUGAAGGGGAGACAGUUCAGUACAACAUCCCAGCUGAACUCAGUGAUUUCAUAUUCAGGAGAUUUCUCUGCUCAGACUCUGUCCACCCUGUCAAGUUGGUGCAGGAUUUUCUUCUCGAAGGACUGGCGGAGAAGUGGUUGGUCUCCAUGACGACAGAGACCAUUCCCUAUCUCCUCACGGCCAAACAGUUGCAGACAUGCUGCGACAGCGAGAGUACACAUUGCUAUUGGAUCCACCCGCUUGAGAAAGACUUCAGCUCCGACGCUCACACAUCCACAGAGAGAGAAAAAGAUCAGGGAUGUGCCGACACAGGAGAAACUCCGUCAGCCUCGUGUGUUACCUCAGAUAAAGUGGACAGGAUCAAAAGCAAAGGAGUUGAGAGCUUAAGGUCUGCAUGCUCUAUUGAUGUUGACCCUGAAGGGGAAACUGGUCUUUAUUUGCUGCGUCCUUCACUGCUCCCUCAGAUGGAAGAGCUUUCAACUAAAAAAGAGGAGCUAAUUGACAAUGCAGGGAGUCACGAGGGGAAUAAUGACAGUGAAGGGAACAAGGAGGAUGAGGCCUGCGGGGGCUGUAAUGGUGUUACCAGCUUAUUUGGCGUUAGUGGCGUGGUGUUCAGGAAUGUUCCCAUCAGCCUCUGGGCUCUGCCUGCCUUUCAUGAGCUUCUCCUCAGAGGCGUUUUCCCUCCAGAAAGUGAUCCAAUUAAAUCGCUCGGACAUAAGUUGGAAACACUUCUCGCUCCGUAUGGGGUCUCCCUGGUAGCAGAACAGGGAGGUCUGCGUCUGAUGGCGCAGCCGAUGGGUUUGGUUGGUAAACUAUUUGCAAGUGACAACAAUGUCAGCGUCACUGUGUCUCUAAAUUUGGACCUCCUUGCUGUGCUCCUGUUCUCGCUCCCCGACUGGCGGCUGCUGUGGUCACAUGACCCACGUUUCUUAAAACAGUUUACACCUCGCCCAUCACCAGGGACUCCUUUUCGCCCAUUUUCCCUGUUCCCUGAGCACUUCAACUUUGACAUCAGCUUCUGGACGGGGCCGAUAUGGGAGGAGAAGAAAUUCCACGGCGUGGUCCGGGAGGCCAGCCGCGGGACCGUGGAGCAGGUUAAACUCAUUGAUAUGUUCUCACAUCCUGACCUGAGCCAGACCAGUUACUGCUACAGACUCAUCUACCACUCACACACACACGCUCUGUCACACACACAAGCCCUCCAGUUUCACAAACACUUGGAGUCUUUACUUUCGUCUUGGUUGCAGGUGACCAUCAGGUAACGGCCACUUGAAACUCAAAGAGGAACAGGGAUUUAACCUCUUAUUUUUUUUUCAAAGGCAUUAUGAUGACAAGGCUGUUUGUAACUGCUAAGAAAAGUAUAAAUGUAUAAUGUGCAAAACUGUAGGUGAACAGUGUUUACAGUGGUUCAGGCAUUGCUUACUAUACUGUGAAAUGUGACUUCAAUUCCGUGUAUGUGUCUUAAUCCUAUAAUAAAGCUGCUUUAACAUAAA